AGGCUGACGUGGACCGUACGGGUUAGCUGGCUUGGCGAGUUGCGGGAUUGGGGAGCGACGGGCCGGGCCGGGCCUUCGGGCCCUUGGCGGCGGCGGCGGUAUAAAGCCGGCGACGGGGAGCAUGUAAUGUCGGAAUGCGGAGGCCGCGGCGGCGGCAGCAGCAGCGACGACGCCGAAGACGAGGGUGGCGGUGGCGGCGGCCCCGCGGGCUCCGGCUCCCUCAGCCCGGCCCCGGCUGCUUCCUCAGAGGGCCGGCUCCGCCGCGGGCUGCGCGGCGCCUCUCUCAUGGCGCGCCGGCGGCCCGAGCUGCUCUGCGGGGCCGUGGCGCUCGGCUGCGCGCUGCUCCUCGCACUCAAAUUCACCUGCAGGCUAGGCGUAGACAACCUUUAGCGUCCCACAUGUUGACAAUUCAUGCACUCAUCGAUAUAGCGAUUAUUUAUCCGCACCUCUUGUGUGCGGAGCGCUCAUCCAGUCGAGCAAAAGAUGUGAUAAUUCCAGCAAAGCCACCGGUCAGCUUUUUCUCCUCGAGGUCUCUGGUUCUUGACCUCUUCCAGGGGCAGCUGGACUACGCAGAGCACAUUCGCCAGGAUUCGGAGGUGGUGCUCCUGUUCUUCUACGCUCCGUGGUGUGGACAGUCCAUCGCCGCCAGGGCAGAAAUUGAACAAGUAGCGAGUCAGCUUUCAGACCAGGUGUUGUUUGUUGCAGUUAACUGUUGGUGGAAUCAGGGGAAAUGCAGAAAACAGAAACACUUCUUUUAUUUUCCUGUAAUAUAUCUGUAUCAUCGGAGUUUUGGACCAAUCGAAUACAAAGGCCCCAUGAGUGCUGUUUACAUUGAGAAGUUUGUCCGCCGUGUGAUGAAACCACUUCUCUACAUCCCAUCUCAAUCAGAAUUACUAGAUUUUCUCUCAAACUAUGAGCCUGGAGUACUCGGGUACUUUGAGUUCAGUGGCUCACCCCAGCCUCCUGGUUAUUUGACCUUUUUCACUUCAGCGUUACAUUCAUUAAAGAAAGAUUACCUAGGAACAGUACGAUUUGGGGUUAUCACAAAUAAACAUCUUGCGAAACUGGUAUCCUUAGUACACUCUGGAAGUGUGUAUUUACAUAGACAUUUCAACACAUCACUUGUCUUUCCCAGGGAGGUCAUCAACUACACAGCUGAGAACAUCUAUAAGUGGGCCUUAGAAAACCGAGAGAUGCUCCUUCGAUGGCUGCGGCCCCACGGCGGCAAGAGUCUCCUGCUGAACAAUGAACUGAAGAAGGGACCGGCACUUUUUGUAUUUAUACCUUUUAAUCCCUUAGCCGAAAGUCAUCCUUUAAUAGAUGAGAUCACCGAAGUGGCCUUGGAGUACAACAACUGUCACGGGGACCAGGUGGUGGAGCGGCUCCUUCAGCACCUGCGGCGAGUGGACGCCCCGGUGUUCAAGUCUCUGGCGCCUGAGCCCCCAGCCCAGCUGCCGGACCCGCCGCUGAUAACGGAGUCCCCCUGCUGCAACACCGUGGUGCUGCCCCAGUGGCACUCCAUCUCCAGGACCCACAACGUGUGUGAACUGUGUGUCAACCAGACUGCCGGCGGCCUCAGGCCAAGCUCGGUCGGCAUGCCCCAGUGCAGCUUUUUUGAGAUGGCAGCAGCUCUGGAUUCUUUCUACCUCAAGGAGCAGACCUUUUAUCAUGUGGCAUCAGACAGCAUAGAAUGCAGGAAUUUUCUAAGUUUCUAUAGCCCUUUCAGCUACUACACUGCAUGUUGCAGGACCAUAAACAGGGGCGUGACAGGCUUCAUUGAUUCUGAACAAGAUGUCUUUGAAACCCCGACCAUUGCAUUUUCUUCCCUUGAGAAGAAAUGUGAGGUUGAUACCCCAAGCUCCGUUCCUCACAUUGAGGAGAACAGGUAUCUCUUUCCUGAACUGGACGUGGAUAACACAAGCUUCAUAGGCCUGAGCUGCAGAACCAACAAGACCCUGAACAUCUACCUUUUGGAUUCCAAUUUAUUUUGGUUGUAUGCAGAGAGGCUGGGUGCUCCGAGCACUGCUCGGGUGAAAGGAUUUGCUGCAAUUGUUGACGUGAAAGAAGAGUCUCAUUAUGUCCUGGAUCCAAAACAAGCUCUUAUGAAGUUCACCCUAGAGUCUUUCAUUCAAAACUUCAGCGUUCUCUACAGUCCCUUGAAAAGGCAUCUUAUUGGAAGUGACUCUUCACAGUUCCCAUCUCAGCGUUUAAUCACUGAAGUGACAACGGAUACCUUUUGGGAAGUAGUCCUUCAAAAACAGGACGUGUUGCUGCUUUAUUAUGCACAGUGGUGUGGCUUCUGUCCAGCCCUCAAUCACAUCUUUAUCCAGCUAGCUCGGCUCCUGCCUGCAGAUACAUUCACUGUGGCAAGGAUUGAUGUAUCUCAGAAUGAUCUUCCUUGGGAAUUUAUGGUUGACCGUCUUCCUACUGUCUUAUUUUUUCCCUGUAACAGAAAGGACCUAAGUGUGAAAUACCCCGAAGACCUUCCCAUCACCCUUCCAAAUCUGCUGAGGUUCAUUUUGCAUCACUCAGACCCUGCUUCUGUCCCCCAGAACUUGGUUAACCCUCCUACCAAAGAGUGUCUUCAGAGAGAGGCCGUCCUGCAGCAGGGGCACAUCUCCCAUCUGGAGAGAGAGAUCCAGAAGCUGAGGGCGGAGAUCAGCGCCCUGCAGCAGGCGCAGGGGCAGGUGGAGGCCCGGCUCUCGAGCGCGCGUAGGGAUGAGCAGCAGCUGCGGCGGCAGCAGCACACGCUGGAGAGGCAGCACAGCCUGCUCCAGCUGCACAGCGAGCAGCUGCAGGCCCUGUACGAGCAGAAAACCCGGGAGCUUGAGGAGGUGGCCCGCAAGCUCCAGGAGCUGGCCGAUGCCUCGGAGAACCUCCUCACCGAGAACACAUGGCUCAAGAUCCUGGUGGCCACCAUGGAGCAGAAACUGGAGGGCAGGGACGGGGCCGAAGACCGUGCUCCCCUGGAUGAGGUGCGAUUGGACUACCACAAGCCCUCGGGCACCCCCCGGCUACCAGCCAGCACCCCUCCGCCUUCCAACGUCAGCUCCACGCUGGCCUCCGAAAGGAGCACUGAGAACAGGACAGACUAACUUUGAAAAUAACAUGAAGAAAUCAGAGGUGAAGACUAUACAUUGCGAAUAUAUUUAUGCAAAUUUUAUUGAAAUUUAUUGUAAAUAAAGAUUUUCUCAGUGGUCUAGAAAAUCA